UAUUGGUUGGUUGACUAGGUGAAAAGACCAGUGGGUUAUACUGGUAGAAACAAAUGUGCUGAGGAAUUUUAGGAUAUAUAUAUGUGUGUGUGCUUAAAUAACUUUUUGUUAAAAAUUUGUCUUCUGCUCCAUCUGAGUGUACUGUCCAGACCUAUUCACUAUUUUGUUUCUCAUAAUGAAAUUGAACUUUUUUUUUUUUUAUUGAAUGGAAUCUUGUGCUUGUGUUGAUGUGUAGAAUAAAUUGUCUGUGUGUGUGUUACACUAUAUCCCCUCGUAUACUGAGAAUAGGAGCGUAACGUGCGCUUCAUGUAGACAAAAGCGCCAUCUAGCGUAUAGACUCAGUAAACUCCCUGAGCUGCACUUUAAUCUGUUGGACUAUGUUGCUAAUUGUACCUGUCCGAGUAAAACAUGCAGUUUUACUAAUUGUGUUGAGUCAAAUGUUUACACACUUCUAGUCAGACUUGGAACCGGUUAAGUUUCUAUAAGCACAGAGUUGAACUUGUCAGUAGCUAAACCAGAAAGUUGCCUAGCUUACAUGAAAACAACACCUACCCGCAUCACAGUUGGCCAAUCUUGGAUGAUAUUUCCGAGGCGGAUCCUGCCAAUGCUCGUCCUUUCUCCUGUUACGUGAAGAGCUGAAACUUAUACAUUAAUCAUUACCACACUAAAGUUUAAUUUGGUUUGGUUCCCCACUUUCCGUGAGGCAGCAGGACUCCAACUAAGAAGCUUAAGAACUUCAGAAGGAAGCAAUUAAGCUACCAAAUAAAGUCAGACUAAACUAAAUUCAAAGGGUUCUGUGACAUUUAUGCUAAAGAACGUAAAUGACAUAACUAUACACCCUAAAAUUCCCUAACUGCCUUUAUUCGGCUAUCAAACUUUGCUUUCUCUGCAAGUACGCUUUGUUUAUAUGCCCUAUAACUGUUGAAGCAGGAUGUUUUAUUUUUGUUCUUCAAGCGUUUCGGGAUAAAAGCCCAUUGCCUGAAUGAAAGAAGCGUAACAGUCAUAGAUGAAGCUAUAGAGCAGGAUCUUAGCAUAUCCUCUGUCUUGUUCUUGCGCUUGUCUGCAACACAGCUGUGUUACAUUGUCGAAGAAACCACAAUUACCUGAGGAUGUGCUUCAAAGGAUCCUUCCUUAUUCUCACAGUCGCUAACAUGGCGCAAGAAUGAGCCAAAGUUUUUACAAGCAUGCUGCCAUUUGCUGCUGUUUGAUCCCUCCCAAAGAUUAAUCAUUAGCCUGGCCUGUUGCCAUAGCAUAGUCAAAGCAUAGCAGCCAUCUCAAUGGUUUGUUUAGUACUAAAUUGUUGUGAGGUUAGCAAAAACUAGUGACAUAGAAUUUCAUGUAAAUGACACGUCUUUCGGCUAGCUAGUGUUCUGAGGUUUCAGCACUGGGACAGCUUAGUUUAUAACGUGUUUAUCGAAAAACAUAAUGAAAUACAGCCUACAGGAAAAACAGGACUGUAUAUAUUGGAUCAGGAAUAUUUGGCUUAAUAUUAUCAAAGAGCUCACAGAUUAAAUAUGCAAAAAAUUCAUUAAAAAAGUUGACCGAAGCAGACUAGUAAAUAGACUGGUUAUUACUUGACACUGAAAAUUGUAUAUAAUAAUAAUAAUAAGAAGAAGAAGAAGAAGAAGAAUUUCAGGACACUAUAUAAACUAUUUUUUCUAUAAAACAUUGAAUUCUAGCACAUAAAGCCUAGUAAGCGGUGUAAGGUCAUUUGAACUUUUCAAACAAUAAUGCCCCCUGGUGGAUCUCUCUUAGAGUUUCCAUCUAAUUUGAGCAUUAGUCUGACAGAUUCUACAGCUUUCUAUUUUUGCUUUUAAUAAUUUACUUAUCUGGAAAUCUCUUGCUUUUAUUAAGAGAUAAAAGACAUAGAGCUAGGACCUUAUCUUCUAGAUUCACAAUACCUUCUAGGAUCCUUUCUUGUUAUCUAUUUUAAAGCUUAUUGUAGCCUUUAAAAUUUUCUGUGGCACAUGAAGAAAAUAAAAAACAACCCAGAAAGCUGCUCUUCCUGCCACACUUUCAUGUUAACCAAGCCUCAUCUGCCUGUCAUGAGGGGAUUUCUUAAAUAAUCCAUGCAUAGCAGGGAGACUUAAGCAAAUAGAGCUGUGAGGAACCAGGAGCGUGCAAAGCAAACCUCCCUGUACUACCAGCUUCUGUCUAAACAAUUGAGCAGGUGCACGUUACUCUUUACCACCUCCCCGCCCCCUCCAUCACCACCACCACCACCACCACCACCACCACCACUACCACCCCUCCCUCCUAAGCUGUAGUGCUGCCACUCAUGUGCGAGCAGAGAUCAAUCAUAUUUGGCAAUGAAAAGUGUCUGAGAGUGCUCCUGCUAAGCCCUCCGGUGUGUGUGUGUGUGUGUGUGUGUGUGAGAGGACACAUUAUCAAAUACAGCUGUGUAGAUAUCAUGUCAUCACUAUACAUUCAUGCUUCUUUUGUAAAUAGAGGGAACCAAAGGUCACCUAAGGCUUGAGGGAUACUUCUAUAGAAGGAGCCCUGGCUGGUUGGAAUGUUAUGUGUGGCAUAUUCAAAAGAAUAUAAUGCACCUGGCUUCCAUGGUGAUAGAAUUGGGUUCACAAAGAGGUACAUAAACGUCUAAAGUCCCACCUCUGUGUGCGCCACAGCUCGUUCUGCAUAUCGCACCCCUCCUCCUGUACAUGCACACAUCAUGAAACACCAUGUUUGCGUUAUAUUGACCGGAUAUUGAUAUUGUGACUGUGCAACGCAGUUCAGAGGGAAAGACACACACAUCAAACAUAUUAAAGCAGAACAAUGUGUCCAUGGCGGUAAUUUGGUUUCCCCCCCUUCUGAUUUGAACAAGGUCUCGCUUAUUGCCAGCUCGGUCCCCGAGCAAUAAACUGAUUCACCGCCUAGAUUGCGUUUUAACAGGAAGGUGAUUGAGAGCAUAAUCCAUAUUGAUUCGCCGGAUGGAAACAGGAAAUAGCAGGGUUAGAAAUAAAAUUUGUUUGUUGUUCCUGGUGAGAGGGGACCCCAGAGGAAUGGCAAGCAAUUGCAAGCUGAUGAGUGGCAAGCAACACCCCACCCCCCCACCGCCCUCCGCAACACUCCUCCUUUCCAUCCUCCACCUCCCUGCCCAGUCCGCCUUGGAGACCUGGAAGAGACGUCAUCAGGGUUGUUAUGCUGAGAAAUGACGCUCGACAUCAUAUCAUAAACCAACCCCCCCACCAAAACCACCACCCCACCACCCCGACCCCACCCCUUCACUGCCUACGAGUUGUGGAUUAUAAGAUGCAGUGCUGUCCACAUUCGGAGCGUUCAGUCUCCAGUUACUUUCGUUUCAAGCUACACACUCCACGUGCAUGUGGCUUUUAAGACAGAGCCAAAAGAUCGCACUGAUACAGCUAUCCAUCAUCGGUUUGUACGGUGAGUUAUCAGGACCAUAUGCGCUUUUUAAAGCAGGUCCAAGCAGGUGAGAUAGUGCCGUGCCAGGUUUAUCAAGUUUUACUAUCACCCCCCCCAACGAUGGUGUUAUAUUAUCUAUCAUUCGAUAGCACUCGCAAUUUAUAUAAUACGUCCCUCAUCAGAGGGACAACAGAUGUUUGGUAAUUGAGAUCAACCUGAAACUGGGGCAGAUGCUGGGCUGUGGCCGAGUGUGUACAUAAAACCCACAUUAGUGCCAUUCAGAGAGAGAGAGAGAGAGAGAGAGAGAGAGAGAGAGAGAGAGAGAGGAUGCUGCCAGAAAUACAUCUGUCCCUGAAGGUGCAACACAUUUGGAAGUAUUUCAAAGAAGUGAGCAAGUAUGACAUAAGACGCAAUCAAGUCCUAAUCCUCGGCGGCACUUUAAAAUCCUCUCCGAAGUUUCUGCGAAGGUAAUUGCUGACAAUGUAAGAAGUUUUUUUUUUUUUCCAUGACUGGAAAAGCUGAUGGGCUGAAGUAUCUUUUCGUGCCUGCAGAAGCAGCGCAUACACACAUUUUGCUCUGUGCUUCAUUCGAUUAGGAUUGAUCCGUCCUCCAAAGCUGUAAUCCCAGCCUGUUUUUAAUUUAUUUAUAUUUUUUCAAUGCUUGUUUUUGACUACGUGGGACAAAAAAUUAAAGGAGCUCCUAUCUCUUUCUCUCCUACCAGACACACACACACACACACACACACACAUGCAAAUGCAUGUGCCUACACUCCCUCUCUCUCUCACACACACACACACGCACGCACAUGCAUGCACACACCUCGCCAGGUGAAACGUCACAGAGCAAGGGGACUCAGCGCUCAUUAAGGGGAAGGCUGCAAUAUUCUGAAUCGAGACCAUGGGACUCCCAGCUCGCCUAUUUAUAGCUGCUGUGUCUCCAUGGCAGUCACCGCUGCGCUGGCAAAUCGCAGCCACGGCCCCAGACACCAAUUAAGAAUGAAACAAAUGCCUUUUAGAGAGGGGCGUGCCGCCAUGUCUCUCCCACCCUUCUUCAGUCUCUUUCCGCUCCAUGAGUGCAUCCUCUCCAUGCCUCUUCCGGAGGAUGCUCAGGGUAGAGGGAGGACGCCACGCAGAGAGCUGGCCGAGCUGUGCUGCGACGUUGGCUAUUUUUAAAAAGCCCCCCCCCCGCUUACUUACACACACACACACACACCCUCACCCUCUCCCCCAGCCCCUCCUCCUCAUCCUCCUCCUCCUCAAGAAGGAGAGCAGAUGAGGGAUGUCUUCUUCUUGUUGUGCUGGUGUUUUGGAUGCUCCCCGUGCUAUUGUUUGUGAAUGUUGCGGCGAGUUUUGGGAUGUCGACGGACGUGAUGAAUUGCUGUGACUCAUAGGGGCAUCAGAGAGUUCCAACAGGUCAGAAGAGUGAUGACCAUCCUGUUCCUUACUAUGGUUAUUUCAUACUUCAGUUGCAUGAGAGCUGCGCCCAUGAGAGAGGUGCCGGGCGUUGUGGGGGGCCACCGAGCCGAGGGCUACCUGGGGGCCGCCCGGGGCCACGGGACUCCACCAAGCGGGGGAGCGCUGCCUUCGCUCACGGACACGUUCGAGCAGGUGAUCGAGGAGCUACUGGAAGUGGAGGGGGAGGCAGCACAGGGCCAGGGAGGGGGGGGUCCCGGCAACGCAGCCACGGCCCCGGCCGAAUCAAAGGACGUCGACACGUAUGCAUCGCGUGUGAUGAUCAGCAACCAAGUGCCUUUGGAGCCGCCGCUGCUCUUUCUCUUGGAGGAAUACAAAAACUACCUGGAUGCCGCCAACAUGUCGAUGCGGGUGCGGCGCCACUCGGACCCGGCGCGACGUGGCGAGCUCAGCGUGUGCGACAGUAUUAGCCAGUGGGUGACGGCCGUGGACAAAAAGACGGCUAUCGACAUGUCUGGCCAGACCGUCACCGUGCUGGAGAAGGUCCCGGUGGCCAAUGGGCAGCUGAAGCAAUACUUUUACGAGACCAAAUGCAACCCGCUGGGUUACACGAAGGAGGGCUGCCGAGGAAUAGACAAGCGGCACUAUAACUCGCAAUGCCGGACAACCCAAUCGUACGUGCGAGCCCUCACCAUGGAUAGCAAACGGAAGAUCGGCUGGAGGUUUAUACGGAUAGACACUUCGUGUGUAUGCACAUUGACCAUUAAGAGGGGGAGAUAGUGUACACAAUGUAUAGAUUUUAUUGAGAGUUCUAACAAGAGAGAAAGAAAAAGAGUAAAUAUCUAUUUGUAUAUAUACAUAACAGGGUAAAUUAUUCCGUCAGAUGAAUUUUAUGGACUGCAUGUAAAAAAGAUGAAGUUUAUACAGUAAAGUGAUACUACAGUCUAUUUAUUGAACAUAUUCAUGACCUUGUAAACAAUUAAAAAAAGAUCUGAUCAGUCA